UCUGAGACAGGCCAGUUCUCUGUGACUGAAGUACAGAACAGACAAGGGCUUGUCGUUCACUACGGUCACGUCUCUCAAGGAUAUCUACAGGACGGUCAGUCAGUCACUCCAAGCAUUGCGCUGCUAAAAAGAGAAGGCUGCAUGAGGAACCACACAGCCACACACCUCCUCAACACUGCCUUGACCUCUGUGUCCCCCUCCAGCCAACAACAGGGCUCGAACGUCACUCCGUACAAGUUCUCCUUCGAUUUCCUCUCACUGGGAGCGUUUGGAUCGGAGCAAGUGAGUCAGGUGGAGGAGUCUGUGAGAGAAAUGAUCCAGAAGUCUUGUUCAGUCUCCCGUCAUAUCAUGUCACUACAGGAGGCAACCAGCCUCCCAAAUGUCACCAUGUUGCAGAAUGAGGAAUAUCCAGAACAAGUGUCCCUCAUCCGCAUCCAGUCUCCGGAUGGCAGUGAGGUCUUGUCUUCAGAACUGUGUGGAGGAACACAUGUGACAGACACUGUUGACCUCCAGGAGUUCUGUAUCCUCCAGUCUGGUACCAAAGCCCAGAAUGUGAAGCGGAUUACGGCAGUCACAGGGUCACCCGCACGCCAGGCCCACCUGACUGGCCAGGGGUUGGCGUCAUUGUGUCAGUUGUUACAACUUUUGGUGGACAACGAUGAACAAGCUGCUGGUCAGUUGACAGAAACGUCCAUGAAGAUACAAGAGGUGCUGGUCAGUGUGAGUAAGUGGAGACAAGAACUGGAGAGUCUCUUACAGCUUGACCACUCUGACCGCUCAGGUGCAAGGGACAUGUGGACACAGACACUGGACGAUCUGGAAAAGACUGAAAAAGUGCUGAGUUCACUGUACCCACAGCUGAUCCCCGCACAGAUUACCUCUCCUGACAAACCUCUCCUCAUGAAAGAGAUUGUCUCAACCAUCAAUAAGUGUCGUCAGCUGGACCUGGUUCCCAAGACCCAGCGCGAUCGUGCGGCCGAAUGUACUCACAGUCUGACACACAAGGUCACAGAGGUCGUUAACACUCGGAACAGUAGGAUCUUACAGCGGUUGAUUGACCAGCGCUUGUCUCAGAGUGAUUCUGUCCAUGAGCAGGUGGUAUGUGUGGAGCAUGAGCUGGACCUCAGUGCACGCCAGAUGGUCAAACUCCUGUCUCAGAGGUCAGACAACAUGCCCAUCCUGUGUGUGGGUCAAGAGGUCAGUGGUAGGUCAAGGACGGUGGUCUUGUGCCUGCCUCUGUCUCAUUGGCAGCCGCUUGGUAAGGAGGAGAUCAGCAAGAUAGUUCCACAAAAGGGUUCACAGAAGUCAUCUGUUGGAAAAGCUGCCAAAACAACCAAACGUGCUGAAGUUUACACAUUCUCUGUGUCAGCCGAUACGCCCACUCAUGUUCUGAGUGGCAUGCUACACGCAGUGCUGAAGCCCAGAUAACACAGCUGGGACUUUCCCCUACUAGAAGGAUUCAGCUUGGAGAUUUUGUACAUAGAAUGUCUUUUACAAUUAUUACAGAAUACAGAAUUUGCUUAAUGUC